GCUACACCGGCAUGUGCGUGUGUAGUAUUUGUCACAUUUUGCUCUGAUUUCGAAAACGUGUGGUUUGUUUUUAUUUUGCUACUGCCGACUUUUGUUGAAUAACAACGAUUUUCAUUAUUAACUUUUUGAAGUCUUAUUAUAACUGAAAACCAUGGCUCAAAGAGUUGCUGUUGUUACUGGAAGUAAUAAAGGAAUUGGAUAUGCAAUUGUUCGAGCUUUGUGCUCAAAAUUUGAUGGAGAUGUUUUUCUCACAGCUCGGAGUGAAGAACGAGGCAAAACUGCAGUAGAACAACUGAAAGCAGAAGGACUCAAUCCCAAAUUUCAUUUAUUGGAUAUUGAAAACAUAGAAUCUAUUAAAUCACUUGCUGACUUCCUUAAAAAAGAAUAUGGAGGCCUUGAUGUAUUAGUCAAUAAUGCUGCAAUUGCAUACAAGAUGGCAGAUACUGCGCCAUUUGCAGAACAAGCAGAGAACACAGUUCGAAUUAAUUUUUUUGCAACUCUAAGUGUUUGCCAUCAUUUGUUUCCAUUGUUAAGGCCACAUGCAAGAGUUGUAAACGUAACCAGUUCUGCUGGUCAGUUGUCAUAUAUAACGAGUAAGGAACUGCAACAAAAAUUUUUGUCUGAAAGUCUGACUGAAGAAGAACUUUGUGACCUCAUGAAACAAUUUGUAAUAGAUGCCAAGGCUGGUAACCAUGAAAAGAAAGGUUGGGGAAAUCGAGCAUAUUCCAUUUCAAAGAUUGGCGUGAAUGCACUUACUUUUAUUCAGCAUCGGAAGUUUCUUGAAGAUCCACGCCCUGAUAUUGUUGUUAAUGCUGUUCAUCCUGGAUACGUGGAUACAGAUAUGACAAGUCACAAAGGUGUCUUGACACCUGAUCAAGGUGCUGAAGCUCCUGUUUAUUUGGCCCUGCUGCCACCUGAUGUCAAAUCACCUCGUGGAGAAUUUGUUUGGAAUGAUAAGACAGUCAGAUCUUGGAUUGGAAAUGCUUGAAAUUUGAAUAAAAUUUCAAUCAAAAGGUGAUGGUUUGGAAUAUGAAGUAUAUUAAUCCACUUACUUAGAAAAUUGAGAUUAAAUAAGUUCUGUUUUCAUUUGAAAAUUUUGAAACUUUAUGUUUUGUUAUAAAAACAAAAUUAUCUUUUUUUUAUUUUUAAAUAAAUAUAUUUUUUAGCAUGCUUUU